AUGGAGGAGGAAGAGCUAUUUAAACUAAUAGACAAUGUUGGCAGAAGAACAAAUGGGCAUAAAAUGACCAUGAACAAAUUUAAGCUCAAAAACGAAAGCAUCAAAACAAUGAUUCCUCCGGAAUGCCUAUAUGCUGGGAGGAAAAGGAGGAAACCCAUUCAGAAACAAAGGCCUGCAGUUGGGAAUGAAAAAUCGAAUCCUUCGAAGAGACAUAGGGAUCGUCUGAAUGCGGAACUGGACCAUCUGGCCAGCCUCCUGCCUUUUCCACCUGACAUCAUAUCAAAGCUGGACAAACUUUCCGUCUUGCGCCUUAGUGUCAGCUAUCUCCGAGUCAAAAGUUUCUUUCAAGCCAUUCAAGAAAAGCACUUUAAGAAGCAAGUUGGCCAGACAAUAAAAGAAGACAAUAUAUCUAACAAGACUGCUGUACAAGAAGGUGGACUUCUACUAGAAUCACUGAACGGUUUUGCGUUGGUGGUGAGUGCAGAUGGAAUGAUAUUUUAUGCGUCAUCGACGAUUGUGGACUAUCUAGGGUUUCAUCAGACUGACGUCAUGCACCAAAACAUAUAUGAUUACAUUCACGUGGAUGAUCGCCAGGAUUUCUGUAGACAACUGCACUGGGCCAUGAAUCCUCCCCAGAUGUUGUCUGGACAGCAACUACAGACAGAAACAGGAGAAGAAUAUAUUCUCAGUAAAUUGUUUAAAGCACAAGAGAAUGACAGCACGACAACAGAUUAUUCUUCCUUCUUAACUCGUUGUUUCAUCUGUCGAGUUCGCUGCUUGUUGGACAGUACUUCUGGCUUCCUUACAAUGCAGUUCCAAGGCAAACUAAAGUUUCUUUUUGGACAAAGGAAGAAGUCCUCAUCAGGAACAGUAUUGCCACCUCAGCUGUCCUUAUUCUGCAUAGUGGUACCACUUCUGCUCCCUUCUGUGACAGAAAUGAAGAUGAAAAGCCUGCUUGUGAAAGCAAAACACAAAGCUGAUGAUGCAGCAGCAGCGAAUACAAACUCCAGUUCCAAAGGUAAUUCAGGUCUGUGUGAAGCAGCAGAAUUAUAUGGAAGAAACAGUCAUCAUGAAAGUGCAGCUUUCACUAAUGUGUUACAGAUUGCUGAAAACCAAAUCAAAGCAAAGAAUAAUGGAGAAAAUGGCAUUUCUCUAGUCAAAGUACAAACAAAUGAAGAUCACUGGGUCUGGGUUCAAGCUAACACUCAACUUCUGUAUCGAAGUGGUUGUUCAGAAUAUGUCCUUGCCCAACAGCAAAUGUUGAAGGAAGAAGAUGAACAACUGAAGAUACCAAGCGGUUUUGCCAGUUUGAAAGGAAACCUGGAGGGACUUUCCUAUAACAGUGCCAUUGAAACUCUGGGCCAGUGGAAGCAUCUUAACUGGACAGCAGUAAAAAACGAACAAGAUAAUGUAAAAGUGAAGUUUGAGCCUCAUACAAAUGGUGAGUGUUUUAUGCAAGAGGAACCUCUCAGUUCUAACACAUCAGUUUUAGGUGUUCAAAACAACUGCACCACAAACACUAGCUGGACUUUAAGAAACUCAAGCUCUUGUUCUAUGAGCCAGCGAAUGAACACAUGUUCAAACAGGAGAGCUGGAUCAUUCUACAACAGAGACCAAAGUUUCUUAAAUUUAGCAUCAACUUGCCCUUCCCACUGGGGGAGUGCAGAAAGCUGCCAGUCUUACUCGGGCGUACAACAGCGUUGUGUGGAGAACUAUGCGAUGGACCAUCUGAAACUGCAGAGACCGUUAAUAUCCUCAGAGUCUCUCUAUGAUGCAGCCUUUCCCUUGGAGAUGCCUAUCAAAACGGAAUACGAUUCUGAUUCCGAAAACAUUGCCGAUAACUACCUGACGUCGCAAAACCGAGCCUGGCUGGAUGAGAACGGCUCGGUAAGAAAGCAGGUGUUUAGCUACCCCAAUAGAGUGCACCUCAAAACAGAACCGGACCUCUGUGAGCCAGCCUUACCUUGUCAGAAGCCAAGGCACUGCCUUUACACGCCACAUAAUUGGCAAUGCAUCAUAGCAAAUCAUCCCAACAGCCUAAACCUGAACAGAUCUUGCAAGGGUUCACGUAGCAAGGAGGUGGCCCCGUUUUGCCCUCAGAACUCCUCUGGGUGUUUGGAAAGCAUGCCUGACCUGCCGCACACAGCGUGCUACGGCCACUUCUACAGCCCCAGCCCAGGGGAGGAGAAAGAGCAGAAUAAUGAGGUGUUUAAAAUGCCAUGCGAAUUUAAAAACCCCUGCUUGGUUCAAGCAAUCAAGCGUGAGCCCCUGGAUUCUCCACCAUUGUCCAACAGUGGACAGAACAGAGUACAUGCGAGCUUCCCUGAAAAUACAUUAGCAGGUCCUGUGCCUCAUAAAACCACUGAAUGUACGUUUUUACAAUAG